AUGCUGAUCUCUGUUCAUGUGGCGUUGCUGAGCGGCCAAAGUGCUAGCAUCACAACAUGGGACGAAAGUCCGGUGGAAGCCUUAAGGCAAACGGCACAGAAGGAGCUGGGCGUGGGAAUCAUCAGGCUCAUUUCUGAAUCGGGGGCCGUCCUGCAAGGAACAUCGACGCUUCUCCAAGCAGGCCUAAGGCACGGAGCAACCGUGGGUGCCAUCGUCCGCCAUGCGGAGGUUGUCUCAACCAUUGGAGCCUUUGCCCUGCUCUGCGAAGACGGGACCGUGGUGACUUGGGGAGAUGCGGAUUUUGGCGCCGAUAGCGCCGAGGUGCAGGAGCAGCUGAAGGAUGUUCAGCAGAUCUGUGGGUCGGAUGGUGCCUUUGCAGCACUUCUUGCUGAUGGUUUCGUUGUUACCUGGGGUGACGAAGACUUCGGUGGGAACAGCAGUGCGGUCCAAGACCAACUCUUAAAUGUUCUGGAGCUUCAAGCCUUCGGCGUGGCUUUUGCGGCCACCCUCGCUGACGGGACGACCGUGUGCUGGGGCAGUCAGUCCAUCCAGACGAAACUACAACAUGCGCGAAGGAUUUCUGCCUCUAACGGCGCAUGCGCAAUAAUCAAGGACGACGGCUCUGUGGUUGCUUGGGGCCACGCGGAGUACGGUGCUGAUACGAGCAAGGUCAGGGACCAGCUCAGUGAUGUUCAGCACAUCCAGGCGACGUGGACAGGGGCCUUCUCUGCCAUCCGGAGCGACGGCACCGUG